AUGAUCAGGGGUCUGAGAGCUGUUGGACGAAAAAAAUGUCUCAUUUGCUUGAAACAUGCAUCAGCACUGGUGCCACUAAGUACGGAAGUCGACAUCGAUGGUAUUGCAAUGAACUGUGAAACGAUGUACGGUAAAUUCAUUGGCAUACAGUACGAUAUUGCGACACUCUCCAAGAAGCGCUUGCUAAACCUUUGUUUAACUUGCCUAAUGCAACUAAAUUCUAGCUAUCUGUUUCAAAGGCAGGCAAUAGAAUCUGUAGAAAGUAUUUUUGCUUCCUUUUUCAAAUCUCAGGAACAAUCUGCAAUUGUUGCAGAUGCUCUCACAAUUCAGUACUUAAUUUCACCAGAUGAACAAUCCAUUUGCCAUAGUGAAACUGGUAAUUAUCUAGAAGAAGAAAGUAGAUUCGAGAUGACAAACCGUGAUCCCAAUUCUACGCUAGUCUAUCCACCCGACAAAGAAGUACAAUUGCCUGAUGAAGUCGAAACAGACACAGAAAAAACAGAAGAGUUCACUGCCGAUGAGGAAUUGGUCUCGAUCGAUCCAGACAGCACUGAGGAUAAUGCGCAAAACAUCGAACAAAUGGUGCCCAAAGUAACCCAACCAUCAUACGACAAAUGUGUACAUCUCAAAAGUGAUUUACAGUUGUUUCGAAAACAUGUCCAGCAAACUCAUUGCCUGAAGAAGGACGACGAUUUCUUUCAUUGCACAGUGUGCUCGGGGCACUUUAAACCUAUGCGUUCCUGCAUUCGUCACGCACGCACUCAUCAGGGCACGAAACGGUACGCGUGUCAAUUUUGUCACAAAUCCUUCUAUUAUUCACACCAUCUGCAGGCUCACGAGCGAAUACAUACGCCCGAUAAACCUUUUGUCUGCAGUCAAUGCGCUAAAGAGUUCGUUUCGAAGGGACGUUUAAGUGCUCAUGAAGAAACGCAUAGCAAACGUGGAUUCGAGUGUAAAGAGUGCCGAGGAAAGUUUAAAACACGUCAAAAUUUGUACAAACACUAUUUGAUCAAACAUGACCGACCGGUGGCAAAGUUUCCACCGCGCAAAUGCGAGCAUUGUGAUAAACUAAUGUUAUCACAAUCGGCCGUUACAUACCACAAGCUGCAUUCGUGUGUAAUGAAUCGACAGUAUAGGCCACAAACCGUCCAGGGGGACUCCAGACAUCUUAAAAUUCCCACUAACAGAAAAUAUGUUUGUGUCGUUUGUAGGACACAAUUUAUCCAAAAAAUUGAACUAGACCGACAUAAGCUUAUACACGAUGGAAUUCUACCGUAUCGGUGCGACGUGUGCGAUCGAACUUUCCGCCAAAAAGGAACACUUACGACACAUAUGCGUACACACACUGAUGAAAAACCGUACGAAUGUACGCAAUGUACAAUUCGCUUUCGAUCUGCCGCUUCCCGCCGAUCACAUUUCUUACGACACCAUCUCAACAUCGAUAAAGAUAGAUAG